AUGUUGGGUCCGAAGUCGCCCUCAACGCGGAGCCUCCUCGUCAGUUCCAGGGAGCAAUGGCGGCCCGCAGCGACACGUCGACAGCACUCGUCGUUCAGUGAGCGUCUGUAUCAAAAGCUGACCGCGCAACCACUGCCAUUUGCAUUUGAUUAUAUAUAUCCUCAGCAAUCUUUUCUUCUGGAUCGGACCUUCUCCGGUUUCCUUCCGCAGCCAGACGCACCAUUGGAUGCUCUGCCUUCCAUCAACAAGCCAUCUUGCCUGCCUCCUGGCCACCAUUUGGUUUAUUUUCCCCCACAGGUUCCUUUGUCCCAGCUACUGCCGGAUGGUACAGACAUUCUGCACUACCCAGGAUAUCCUUUUACCAGACGAUUGUGGGCUGGUGGUACCGUUCGUUUUCCAGCCACGCGUGACCUGUUACUCGAUGGUCGCCGGGCUGUGUGCAUCGAGACCAUUCGUGAUGUACUCGUGAAAGGUCAAACUGGGGAAGAGAAGGUGACUGUCAGAGUAGAGAGACGAAUCGGCACAGUUCAAGAAGGGGAAAAUUAUGGCAAGAUUCGUGAUCGAAUCUGGAAAGAGGAGGAGGCUGAUCCAGGUCAUUCCUCUAUUAUUGAGCACCGAAACUUGGUCUUCAUGCGCGAGAAGACGCCGGAGCAGCUUACCGGUGCCAGGGCCAAUCAUGGACAGGCAUCCAGAACCAUUAAGUCCCCUACAGGUUCCCUCUUUCGUCACCAACUGACACCGACUAGAGCUCUGCUUUUCCGUUUCUCGGCGCUCACUUUCAAUGCCCACUCGAUACACCUCGACCAGAUGUAUACACGGGAGACAGAGGGUUAUAGUGACUUGCUUGUGCAUGGGCCAUUGACUUUGGUGUUACUUCUCGCAGCUCUCGGGAAACAUAUCGAUGAUCUGGGCUCGGUGAUCAAAGAAAUUACUUACAGAAAUAUUGCACCUCUAUUCGUCGGCGAGCAAAUGACUAUUUGUGGCAAGCCCAAGGCAGGCAAUCACAAGGGGGCCUGGGAUGUAUGGAUUGAGGGUAAAGACGGAGGACUAGCUGUGCGAGGCACGGUUCAAUGCGAUCUUCUGUGA